AUGGCUGUGGUCCUUCAAGCAAAUCGUGCUACAAGUAGCAAUAGUAGCACGGUUCCGAUAGAUUCAUACAAACAGCUGCAUCAUUCACCAAAUCAAGAAGAUAGUUUUCAUCGAAAAAUAUUCGAUAAAAUUGAAGAAGGAAAACGUGAUAAAGAUCCUCAAAAAUGUCAACAAAUUCUUGAUGAUUUAAUGAAAAUGAUUAAACAUCUUACAGCUGACGUUAAUAAUUAUAAUUUAGCAUUUCGUGAAACACGACCCCCAUUUUAUAUGCAAGAAUUUCAACGUUUAACUGAUCGUAUUGAAACAUUGACAAAAGCACGCGAUACAUUAACUGAAUAUCUUCAUGAACUUGAAGGUCAAACUACCGGAAAAACAUUUCCAUAUUCAUCCUCACCUAAUGAUGUGUCUCCAAUGAAUACUCAAUUUCAACAGCAAUUACAAUAUUCUCCAACAAUGUCUCAAUCAAAUCGUUCAUCACCACCAGAACAAACUCAUUAUCAACAUACAUCUUCAACAUCAUCAAUACAUUCAGAUUCUCCUCAACGACCACGUAGUCCAAGCAUGACACCGAACAAUUUUAUCCGUGUUCAUUUUCCAAAUAAACAUACAACUGCUCUUGCUCCAAAAAGUGAUGAAACACUUGAAAUAGCACUUGAAUCCCGUGCUUCAAGACAUUCAGUAACUAAUUUACGAGCUUAUACACCAGUUUAUAUGAUUUCAAGGCAACCAUGUCCAUGGGAUAUUACUCUUGAUCGUUUACGUGAGACAGAAAUUGAACUCGAAGAAAAUCCUAAACUUGAUCAUUCAUUUAUCAGAAAAAGAUUUUUUACUUUAACUUAUUGUGACAUAUGUCACAAAAUACUUUUGCAAGGACUACGAUGUCUUGUAUGUGGUUCUCGUAUACAUACUCGAUGUAUACGUAAAUCACAUAUAUGUCACAUUGUCCAUCAAGAUUUUAUUCGGUAUUUUUAUUUAAAUGAAAAUAUUCCACCACCACGUUUUCCUGUAUUUAUUGGUGUUCGUUGUAUUGUUUGUCAUCGUCGUAUUCGUCAACCUUAUAAACAUUGUGUUUCAUGUGGUAAUAAUUAUCAUAAUGGAUGUUAUUCAAAAGCACCUGUUUGUUUUCAUCCUAUUCUUCAACAUAUUAAACAUCUUGGUCCCGAUCGUUUUAAUUUGGAUCGAACAAGUACUCAAUCACGAAAUAAAGAACAAUCACGCAGUUUACCUCGAAUUUCAUUACCGAGACCAACUAUAAAUACAAGUCAAGGAGUUGUUUGUACCUUGGCAGGUCCACAAAAGGACAUCAGUCAAGAUUCGCAUGGUAAUCCACUGCCCACAACAACAGAUGUUGAUCCUUUUCCGAAUGCUAUACAAUCGACAAUGAAUAUAUCGUCGAAUUCACUCUUCCAACCAUCAUCAACAAGUAUAUCAUCAUCGUUACCAUCAGCAACAUCACCUAUUCAUCACAUUCCUCAGUUAUUACUGACUAUUAAUGGUUCAACGUUGACAAGUCCAGAACGUCUUCGACCUAUGAUCAUUAAACCUAAUAGUAAUGGUGUUAUUGAUACGAAAAAACCUGCACAUAAAUCUGUCAGUGAAUGGGAAAUUCGACCAGAAGAUUUGCUCAAUCAUGGACGAAUGGUAGGCAGAGGCACUUAUGGUACUGUAUAUAAAGCGGAAUUGAGAUUACACGGUCACGUUGCAUUGAAAGAAUUAAAUUUUGUUUCACCAACACCGAGUCAAUUUCAGGCAUUUCGAAAUGAAGUUUCUGCAUUAAAAAAAAUUACUCAUCAAAAUACAUUAAAUUUUUACGGAUAUAUGGUUGCACCUCGUUUUGCUAUUGUAACGCAAUGGUGUGAAGGUUCAACACUUUAUAAACAUAUUCAUAUACUUGAUCGUCUUUGGAAAAUUAAUCAAUUAAUUGAUAUUGCACGACAAAUAUGUCAGGGAAUGUCGUAUUUACAUGAUCGCGAAAUAAUACAUCGUGAUCUAAAAUCUAGCAAUGUGUUUUUGGAUAUGUGUGCUGAAACUGAUGAUGUUGGAGUUAGUUGGCGUGUCAAAAUUGGUGAUUUUGGUUUAGCUGCUGUUAAAACUGUUCCAGUCGAAGGUGUUAAUCAACAAUGUCAACCAACUGGUUCAGUUCUUUGGAUGGCACCCGAAGUCAUUCAACAAAAAGAUUCAAAUUGUUAUUCAACUAGUUCUGAUGUAUAUGCAUAUGGUUGUGUACUAUUCGAAAUGUUUAGUGGUAAAUUACCUCAUGCACCAAUAAGUAAUAAAGAACAGGUAAGUUUUCAUAUAAAAGAAAAAUUAAGCAUUCACCAAUUUGUAUCGGUAUGA